CGUCUGGUGACGCCUCUCCCUCAGUGGUUGCCGCUGUAUAUCCUCCCAGCAUCAGCACCUAGCCGAACUGAACAGCGACCGUCGUUGAGGAAAUUAUGCUCUUCCAAGCGAGGGAGUUGGAGCAAUAAUGCUCAAUCGGAAGACGGAGGUAUAUAUGGAUGAUUCGUGUCACCAAAACAUUUUAGGGAUGUCUGGGCGUCUGGGUAUCACACCUAGUCGCGGGCACGUUUGUGAAUCUCUCGUUGCGUUCUCUCACCAUUUAUGAUGCACCAUUCAUGAUGCGAGCUUCCCUCAUCAUUGAUCCCAAGAAUGGCAUGAAGAAAACGUUGAAAUAGCGCUAAGGCGAUUUAUUGUCUCAAGAGGGCACCAUAGCCUGCCACGCGCCGUUUCGUUGAUUUAUAUAUAUACGUAGCCUACUAUUGUUGGUUUUAGGUAGGAUAUGAGCCAUUGUAUAACGUCUUCUUGUUGUGACGACCAAGACAAUCUCAUUUGAGGGCGCCGUACAAAUAACAGGGCUAUGCAAGCCAUCCAAACAAAGGCACCCGAACAACCCCAUUGACGCACCUGCUGCCCCGUCGCCACUGACAUGACAACGCCGAGUCGAAGGAGCAGGUGCAAAGGGCACCGACCUGCAGCCGGACGCGUGGACUCGAAAAGGAAGUGGGACUUCGGACUCGCAGAGAGUAAGCAGCAUCCCGGAGGAGGGCCUAUUGCAGUUUCUGGGGACAAGCACCAAGGGCAGUGCGGCACACAACAGUCACACCGGGGAAGGCUGCAGGGGGGUGUUCAGUGUACCUUCCCCACACUCACUCUCCAUACCGCACUUACAUUAACGUUCCAUUUUCCCAGUGCGGAGAAAUGCUUAAAAACUGCUGCUGUAUUGAUUUGAUAUCGAAUUUUGGCUCAAUGGCUGUAUUCAAAAUGAUGCCUCUAUUUCGUUUUCUUCAACCCAGUAAUUUGACCGUAUCAGUGAUGGGUAAAUUAAAAGAUUGAUAUUGAUUUAAAAGCUGGAUGGAAUCCGAGAGGGACUGAUGUGCAUACUGGUCAGGUAUCGUCUUCUCUCUUCGUCUCUGGUUCUGCUUACUCUGCUACUUGCCAGCACCAUGGGCUGUAUCCAGAGCAUCUCCUGCAAGCCUCGCAUUAGAAGGGAGAACAUUGUAGUCUACGAGGUAUCGGCCUCCAUUGACCAGUGCCCAACGGUGAUAGAGGAGAACUCGCCCAUAGUGCUGCGGUAUAAGACACCUUACUUCAGGGCCUCCGCAGGGAUCGUGAUGCCUCCGGUGCCCCGCAAUGAGACCUGGGUGGUGGGUUGGAUCCAGGCUUGUACACAAAUGGAGUUCUACAAUACUUAUGGGGACAUUGGCAUGUCCAGCUGGGAGUUACCAGAGCUCCGUGAGGGCCGGGUCAAGGCCAUCAGCGAUUCGGACGGGGUCAGCUACCCAUGGUACGGCAACACCACUGAGACGGUCACCCUUACGGGUCCCACGUCCAAACCGUCGCACCUCACAGUCAGCAUGAACGACAACUUCUACCCCAGUGUGACCUGGGCCGUUCCCAUCAGCAACAGCAACACACCAAUGCUGUCACACAUCAUCCGAGACCAGAGCUUCAUCACCUGGUUGGUUGCCAUCAACUCUGUCACCAAGGAGCGCAUCGUGCUGCAGACUGUGCGCUGGCGGAUGCGGGUGGACAUCGCCGUGGACCCUGACAUGCCCCUGGGCUCCCGGGCCUCCCUAGUAGGCCGUCCUCACCAGGAGCAGCCCCAUAUUCUCAACUACCAGGAACCAAUACCCCCCAACGCCCUGGGACGACCCAAUGCCAAUGACGCCCAAGUGCUGAUGUGGAGGCCCCGCAGAGGGGCACCCCUAGUGGUGAUACCGCCCAAAUAAGGUUGUAAAGACUGAGAAAGAGCAAUGUGAUUAGUUCAUGCUAAUGAGGAAGUGUGGCCCAUCGAAGAAGAGGGGAAAUUAUGAGUUCCCUUAUCAAACAUGGCAGCUGCAGCUCUUCACUCGCACCUACUGUCAGGGUUCAAUGGAUGAUAGAAAUCGUGAAAAAGUUUAGGUAUUUUCUCUGGACUGGACUGUAUUGGAAUUGACACAGCGGAAGUCUACAGAGCUAGACUGGUUUCGGAGGCAGGCUCAGCACUGCGUCAGCGUUUGAUUGAGUCCCGACUGUUUUUGGACGGCCACAGUGCUGUACUAGAGUUCUAUCUAUCUGCCUUUGGAAAGAAAGGGACAGAGCUAUCGGAGUUCUACUGAGGUGGACUGAACACAGAACUGCAUCCUAUAUCGUACAGUAGGUCUUAUUGCAUGAGAGAGAAAACGGUCUUUGACUGGAAUAAGAAUAGCAUUUUGUAUCAGCUGAUCACACUUAGGACAUGGAAUGGAACUUCUUACAUUGGCCAUGAUAUCCUGAAAGCUGGAAAACUCCCUCAGUGCCAAAUAUGGACGUAACAGCCUUUAACAUAGAACACUUUAAGAACACUUUGUUAAGAUAUUUAAAUGAGGCAAAUCAUAUUAUAUGAAUUUUCUGUUAGUUUAAGAUAAUACAAUCUGAUUGAUGAUUGAGUUUAAGAGCACCUACUUGGCAUAAAGGUCUAAAACGAAA